AUGGGGGCGUGGCUCCCUGGAGGGCGAGGCUUCCUGGCGGGGCGGGGCGCGGCUCGUCCUUGCCGCUCCGCGGCCGCGGUGCUCCGGGCUGACCGCUCGGCGGGUGCUGCCAUCGUGCUGUGCCCGGUGAUCGGGAAGCUGCUGGUGAAGCGGGUGGUGCUGGCCAGCGCCUCCCCGCGCCGCCAGGAGAUCCUCAUCCAGGCGGGCCUCCAGUUUGAAGUGGUCCCUUCCAGAUUUAAGGAGACGCUGGACAACGCCUCCUUCCCCACCCCUUAUGCCUAUGCCAUCGAGACAGCCAAGCAGAAGGCUCUGGAGGUGGCACACAGGAUGCAUCUGAAAGACUUGCAGACCCCCGACAUUGUCAUCGGAGCCAACACCAUUGUGGUUUCCAUGAGCCUGUUUCCUCAUCCUGCUUGCCAGGGGACCUGGGUCAGCUCUUACCUUGGUGGGGUCUUUGAGCCCGAGGUGAGGCCGCUGGAGCUGUCUCCUGUUCCGCGUCUGUCCGUCUGUCAGCCUGAGGCACAGGCUCCUCAUGCAAAGCUGCCGGCGGCCCCCAGCUGCUCCCCCCUUCCCCAGCGAUGGACACAGGUGCAUUCCUGGGAGACCUGAACUCCUCAGACAGCCUUAAGACCCUUCCUCAGACCACAGGGAAGUCUGGACACUUUCCCACCCUCCAUCCAUCCAUCCUUCUCUUGGAGGCAAUCCUGCAUCCAGGUUCCGAAAGUUCCAUGCUAACAGCUGAAUUUGAACCUUCAUACAACAAUGGCUGUUCCUCUUGAGAAGGUUCCACAGGUGCCGAAGGGCCUCCCGCGCCGCAGCCGGCUCCGUGGUUGUUGGCGGUGGCGCCAGGUGGGGCUGGCGGCGGCUGGGCCGGACCCCGCAGAAAGGACGGCACGAAUUCGGCGGCAUGGACGUUGGGCACGAAAGGUUUGGCGUUGACGUUGAGCUGCCGGCUGAAGGCCGCGCUGAGGUGAUCAUGCUGGGCCUCGGCCGCCGCCGCCGCCAGGGAGGUGCCGCCGCCGCAAGGGCCCGGCCCGGGGGCUUCCAUGUCCGCCUGGUCCCAGCAGUCGGGGGGCCGAGUCGCUGCUGCUACUGCUGCUACCGCCGCCACCGCCGCCGCCGCCCUGCCCGGAUCCAUGAUCGGGGGGCCGUGUGUGUGGUGAAGAGAGGGCGGGAAAUGGAGGCGGGGGCGAUGGGCCGGGAAGGAACAGGCCGCGCUGAGCGAGCGAAGGCGGCGAGGCAGAAGGGCCGGGGCUUAGCGACACAAUCCCAGGCGUCUCUGUGGCGGCAGCUCCAGUCCCGACUCCGCACUCACGACGGCGGCGGCGGCGGCGGCGGCUCAACCCUCCUCCUCCUGUGUGCAAGCGGAUCUCCUCCCACCCAGCCCCCUACAUCUGAUUUUUAAAGUGGAGAGCUUCCAAACAGGACAGUGAAAAUAAAGACAGAUGUAUCUCUCUGUUCUCUUUGUGACGUUUGGAAAUACUCAGACACACAGGAAAGGAUAUUUUACCACUCAGCUGAGAAAUGACACUUUGCAAACACCUGCUCCCCACCCCAAGUUCAGUCCCCUGACCCCCAGGCCCAGAAGGUUGGGGUAGGACGGGGGGGGGGGGGGGCUCUGAACACAGGCUGUGACAGGGCAGGGACCCCAGCUGAUUAGACACAGCCUGGAACCAGGCUCUCCAAUGUGGGACCCAUGACUCCAAGUUGAAAGCAAGAUUACCCACUGGGGUACAAGAAGAAAAUUGUAGAAUGUGCCUUUAUAUUCCUUUUCUAAAAUCUAAAGCACAAAAAAAACAUGGCACUUUCCUAAAAUUGAAUAGAAGGGUAGGCAUCCAAAAUGCAUAUGGUUUAUGAAUAAAAUGAAUGCACUCAUUCUGGGAUGCUUGAACAUUUACCCCUUAUGGGUAGGGCAGUGCACAUGCCUGGGCUGAAAGUUUCAAAAACAUUUCAUGUAGAAGAGUUGUGGUGAGUGGAGAAGCUCAGUUUGCAGAAGCUACAAUGACCUUCUCCAAAGAGGUGAAAGUUGGUCUUUGCCACACAACUGGGCUAGCUCCAAGUUUCUCAAGAAGAUGAGAAUUGAGACAGUGAGGGAGGGUUACCUAUCAGGAGGGUGAUUUCUGCUUGGGACACAGAGAGAAUUCAUCAGACAAACCCAAAGGGAGGAACCUGCUACCAAGAGAUGUUUGUGUCAAGUAAGACAAACUCAAGUUGAGGGAAUGUUCCAGAACAAAGAAGGAUAAAGACAGCUGGCAACUGACACAAUUACUUGACCCCAGAGCAGAUCCUGUUCUGGAGGGGAAGCAUUUUGUGGGUCCACAGACAAAACUGGAUUAUGGUUUUGGACUAUAGAUUAUAGAUUAUGGAUUAUGGAUUAUAGAUUACGGAUUAUGGAUUAUGCAUCAUUCAAUGUCCUGAAGUGCAUGUCUGCUCUGUGGUUAUCUAAGAGAAUAACCUUAUUCUUGGGGAAUGUACACUAAAGCGUUUAGGCUGUGCAGUACGCAACUUACUCUAAAAUGGUUCAGGAAAAAUGUGUAGGUGCAAGGAGAAUAAAUGUAAAAUGUUUGCUUCAAAUGUUUCCCCCAUGAUGGUCUCAUUUAAAUGCACAACUCAUCAUUUUCUUUUCAAAAGAAGUUUGCUUGUUAACUGCUCUGAAUCAGUCCAAGCCCCUAACAGCUGUUCACAAUAAUAUGCAAUUAGAUGUUUGCUUCAUUGUUUUAUCAGGAAAGCAGCAUCGCUAAAGAAAUGGAUGGAAAACUGAGGUUGGUGGAUAUUCUGUUGGGUGAUCCCCAAAUCCAAGGAAUGACUCUUGGGGGUGGGAGUCAAGUGUAUGUGUGUGCAUGUGUGAAAAUCCCCCAAACAGACCCAUUUACACUUAUGUUCCAUUUGAAGGGGAUUGCCUGUCCCACAGAGCUCUUUUUGCAGGGGACAGCCAGCACAUGUCACAAAAUCAAAAUGAAGGCAGGAGGGUUGAGGUGACCAGGGGCCGUGCAGCCCAGAAUCUGGGGUUAGUGAGACCCAGACUCAAAUGUGAGCUCUGCAAAUGAGGGGCUCUGCGACCCCAGGCAGCACCCUCCCCUCUCUGAGCCCCACUUUCCACCUUGGAAACUGGGGGUGGUGAUAUUUUGAAGAGCCUUUCUGAGAGGGAACUGGGAUGAUUUACCCAGAGCAUCUUGUGUGGGGUUUAACCCACAUUCCUGGUUGUUAUAUUGCUCCGUUGCUUGGGGCUGGUUUGCACCCAUGUGACAUUCAACCUUUACAGGCAGGAAAACAGCAGCCCUGGCUGGACUCACCUUUGCAGUUUUUCAAAAUUAAAUGGACUCUCCCAUAGGACACAGACACAACCAAGCAGUUGCAGUGUGUCCUGAUAAAAAUCACUGAAUAAAUAGGUGCUGUACAAGGUACUGUAUCUAUAUGAGUUCACCGAGUGUCAUCAGGCACCAAGACUCCCAGCCAGGGUGCAUAUUCUGGGAGCUGAUUAAAAUGGCACUCAGAAGGGGAUUAGUAGUGCAAAUAUAAGGAUAUUCAUCUAUGAGCCAAAACAAAUGUAUGACACUAUUACAAGGUGUUAAUAAUAGGGUGGUAUAUGGGAAAAAAUACAACUAAUGCGAACUAUGAAUUAUAGUUAGCAGUAAUAUAAUAUUCUUCCUUCAGUUGUAGCAAAGGUAACAGAUUAAUGUUAAGUGUCAAUAAUAGAGGGGUAUAAUGGGAAGGGAGGUUUUCUUUUUGGAGCAAUGCAUAUGUUCAAAAAUUGAUUGUAAUGAUGAGAGCAUAACUCUGUGAUUACACUAAGAGCUACUGAUUGCACACAUUGGAUGGAUUGUAUGGUGUGUGAAUAAAACUGCUUAAAGAAAUUAAAUGGAAAUGGAAAGCCAUGGGGGCCCUUUUGGAGCAAGGAAGAGAGUCCUUCACCACCACUUCCACUCCUGACUAUUUCCAUUUUUAAUUGCCUUGUGAAAACAGAGUCAACCCUGAAAUUAUCAUAUGACCUAGUAAUUCUGUCCCUGGUAUGUACCCUCAUGAAUUGAAAACUGAAGUUCAGAUAAAAACUUCUACGUGCCUGUUCAAAGCAGCAUUAUGCACAAUAGGAAACAAGGUGGGAGCAGCCCAGAUACUCAUCAGCAAACAACUGGAUACACAAAAUGUGUCAUAUGCCAAUGUGAUUGGGAAAGCCAUAUGCACCACACUCCCUUUGUCCAAUGUAUGGAUGGAUGAGUAGA